UGAAAAGGCACGAAAGGGCACAAGAACUUACAGUAAAAUCCACUACAACAGAAACCCAUCAUCAUAAUUUGUUCUCCCCUGAAAUCAGCAGCUUCCUACAGUCUCUUGUUUCAUCAGCGUUGACUGGAGCUUGACAGUCAAAGAAACUCCAUGGCCGAACACAAGAUGAUAGCUAUCAACAAGAAGGAAGAGGAAUCGUCGUCCUCAUCGAUCCCACUCUACGCCAUGCAACUGGCGACUUCAUCCGUCCUGCCCAUGGUCCUGAAGGCAACAAUCGAACUGGGCGUGCUCGAGAUCUUGGAGAGAGAAGGCCCCGCCGCCAUGCUCUCUCCUUCGCAGAUCGCUUCCAGGAUCCCCAUCAGGAACAACCCGCAAGCGCCCGAUGUGCUUGAUAAGAUGCUCAGCCUCCUCGCUAGCCACUCGAUUCUCAGCGUCUCCUUGGGAAAAGAUGGCCCGGAUGAUGGGGGUUGCAGAGUCUAUGGUUUGGCACCAGUGGCCGAGUACUUCUUGAGGAACCGAGAAGGCGGGUCACUGAGUGAUCUGAUGUUCAUGGUUCAGGACAGGGUCACGAUUGAUUUCUGGUUCCACUUAAAAGAUGCAGUUCUGGAAGGAGGAGUUCCAUUUGAAAGGGCACAUGGGAUGACCGCACUCUCAUACUUAGGGAAGGAUGCGAAAUUCUCUGAGAUUUUCAAGAACUCGAUGAAAGAAUACAACAAAUUGUUCACGCCGAAAAUCUUGGACGGAUACAAGGGUUUCGAAGGGCUCAGCUCCCUGGUUGAUGUAGGAGGCGGCGAUGGUUCCAUUCUUAGGAUGAUCAUUUCCAAGUACCCUCACAUUAAGGCGAUCAACUUCGAUCUGGCAUCGGUUAUCGAGAAGUCGCCUUCUUAUCCAGGUAUUGAGUACAUUGCUGGAGAUAUGUUUGUAAGCAUUCCAAAAGGAGAUGCGAUUUUCAUUAAGUGGGUACUUCACAUGUUCGAUGACGAACUCUGUGUCAAGAUCCUGAAGAACUGCUACGACGCGUUGCCGUGCGAUGGGAAAGUAAUGGCGGUCGAUCUGGUGAUUCCGGAAGUGCCUGAAGCUGAUCUUGCUGCUCGAAGCCUGUUCCAGAUGUACGUGUUCAUGCGGGGCAUGAAUCCAAUGGGGAAAGAGAGGACCGAGAAAGAGUUCGAGACUCUAGCGAAAGCGGCGGGAUUUUGCAGCAUCCGGGUGGCGUAUUCCGCCCAUAAUUUCUCCCUCGUCGAGCUAUACAAGAAUGGCAAAUCUUGCUAAUUGGAUGAUGAUGCUUCACGCUGGCCAGUGCUUAACAAAUCAUGUAUGCUUGAUCGUGUACAAUAAAGAGUUUGCUGCUAAGUGACUCGCCCUGUUAAAUUUCCUCAGAGAGAGAGAGAGAGAGGACAUUAUGUAAACCGUUGUUUACAGAACGUAUUUUGCCUAAUAAAGAUUUGGAUAAUACCAUCACUGAUCUAUCAACUUUGUGCAAAAUUAAAA